GGGGCUGAAAGCGAAGAGGGCACAGACGGUCGACUUGCUACUGGCAAUGAAAUUCACAGACUCUCCGGUCAUAGAGCUGCCAAUUAACGGCGCCGUACUCUCUCUACAGCAAGAUAAUGGCUCUAUGCACGUCGGCACCUCCGUCUGGCCCUGCUCUCUCGUCCUUGCCAAAUUCGCGGAACGUUGGGCCAAUAAGAACGAUAGCAGCAAUCCCUACUCGCGUCUGCUCGAUUUUUCCACUCGCCGCCGAGCGGUGGAGCUAGGAACUGGGUGCGGAGUCGCAGGAAUGGCGUUCCACCUCCUUGGGCUUACUGACCUCGUCCUCACCGACAUUGCCCCUGUCAUGCCUGCGCUCAAGCAUAACCUCAAGCGCAACAAGCAAACCCUAGGCAAGAACUUGAAGAGUGCCAUCCUUUACUGGAACAAUCAGGACCAAAUCAAGGCCCUAAAUCCUCCAUUCGACGUGGUGAUCGCGACUGAUGUGGUUUAUAUUGAGGAGUCGGUGGGGCAACUUUUGAAUGCCAUGGAGGCACUGGUCGCCGACGAUGGGGUUGUGCUGUUGGGAUACCAGAUAAGGUCUCCGGAGGCUGAUAAGUUGUUCUGGGAGUUGUGUGACAAGGCUUUCCUCAUAGAGAAGCUGCCACACGACCAUUUGCAUCCGGAUUAUGCCUACGAGGAGACUGACGUCUAUAUAUUGCGGAAGAAGAAGAAGAACCUAGGCCACAAUGUUGGUAAUUUUUCUGCUUAAGUUGAAUUUAUUGUGGUUGUGAUAGGAAUUAGAUUUAAUUUGGCUUGAAUAUAUUAGGUGCAAUGGCAGGCAGUAUGGCACUGUUGGGUGAUUGCUUGGGAUAAAUGUUGUUUCUUUCAUUGUAAAAGAUGAUAUGGUGAAUGAAUUACCAUAAAAAUGAGAUCUUUUGUGCUUUUAUAAUCGCUAAUACUUUGUGUUGGACUGUAGUUGGUGACUUGGUGUAGUUGUCAUUUGCGAGAAAUCUCAACGUUUGUCCUAAAA